AUGACGCUUGGGCAAUUACGACUUGCUAUCACUAAAGACUCAUAUAUAUUUCGAACGCUCGGUGGACAUGUUGAAGGGCAGGAUAACACAAAGUCAAAGAUCUUGACAGUGGAUCGGGUCUCGGGUGAAAUGCAAGUAUAUGCACCAGCGACCAAACACGCUCAUAUACUGCAAGAGAUGGAUGUAUAUAGUAUCAUGGGCUUCAUUCGUCUUCAUGCAGGCGAGUACAUGAUUGUCACUCUUGGGCGUGAAUGUGCAGGCGUAUUCAACGGCCAUGAAAUCUUUCGUGCAACGACGUUUCAAAUACUACCAUUGCCACGCGACUUGUCCCACUUGACGAAUAGCCAACUCAGCGACGAGCAGCAGUACAUACACCUGCUACAAGAUCAUCUAAAGCAAAACUCCUUUUACUUUUCUUACACAUAUGAUUUGACACGGUCACUCCAACAGCAGAAAGAAGGUGAUGAAAACAGGGGUCCUAUGUGGAUGCAUGCCGAUCCUCGUUUCUUUUGGAACCGCUAUCUCGUAGAAAAAUUGACAACUCUGGACCGUGAUUUAAGCCAAUUUAUUUUUCCAAUCAUACAAGGCUUUGUCCAUGUCAGGAAGAUGACAGUUCAAGGCUGUCUUGUCGAAUUUGCACUCAUCAGUCGGCGGAGCAGAGAGCAUGCUGGUACACGCUACUUCUCACGAGGUCUCAACAGCAAUGGUCAUGCCAGCAACUUUGUUGAAACCGAACAGCUAAUAUCAUGUCAACCAAAUCAAGUCACUGGCACGGUGCACAUGUCCUAUGUUCAGACACGUGGGUCACUUCCUGCUAUAUGGGGUCAAAUUCCGAACAUCCGCUAUGUACCUCGCUUGUGGUUUAACUCAAAUGUUGAUGAUAACCAAGUAUUGGAUGUAUCUCGUGCGCAUUUCAAUGAACAAUUUCGGAUAUAUGGCCCACAAUUAUUACUCAACUUGGUCAAUAAGGCUGGAUACGAGUAUCCAAUGGGUCAACUUUAUGCGCGAAUAAUUGAUCGACUGGAUGACUCUCGCCUUCAAUAUGUACAUUUCGAUUUUCAUCGUGAAUGCCGUGGAAUGAAAUGGGAUCGUGUACAAUCGUUGAUAGAUGAGCUUGAACCUGAACUCCAUCGACAAGGUUUUUUUUGCGAUACUGCGAAAGAUCGUACGCUUUGUUGUCGGCAAACUUCUGUCGUUCGCUCCAACUGCAUGGAUUGCUUAGACCGUACCAAUGUGGUACAAAGCACGCUAGCACGGUGGAACAUCAAUCAGCAGUUGCAUUAUGUUGGAAUCCUUUCACCGGCUGACACCAUUGAAAGAAAUGCACAAUUUAUGGACAUGUUCAAUAAUGCAUGGGCUGAUAAUGCAGACCAUCUCAGCAUUGCUUAUUCUGGAACAGGAGCGCUUAAAACAGAUUACACUCGGACUGGACGACGUACCUUUGCAGGAGCAAUGAAUGACUUGAACAACUCGUUAAUUCGUUACGUAAAGAACAACUUUAUGGAUGGCUCACGCCAAGAUGGGAUCGACUUGUUUCUGGGCUUGUACACAGUAGAGGCUGGUCCGUGCGCUAGUCCAUUUGAGUUCCAGGUUGCUUGGCCCUUGCGAGUUGUUCCUGUAGUUCUGGUGCUAUCGCUUGUGCUCUUUUUUGUCAUUUUAUUCUUCCCUUCUCUAUUGCUACUUGAUUCCGCUGCUUCAACUACUUCCAAUACCUUCAUAUUGCUACUUUCCUUUUUCUUUACGGUGGUGGUGUUCUGUUGGCGCUACAUGCUGCGGCAUGGCAUGCGAUUCAUCAACUGGCCACGGUUAAGGCCGAUUCUGCCUGCAGGAAUUCCUUUGGGUGACGAAGUAUCAACAUUUACGCGUGAUACAAGUGCCAUCAGUGGAAGAACCAAUAGUAUGAUCCUGGAUGAUACUGAGCAAGGUCAUGAACUUCCGACAUGGAAAAAGAUUACGUAG